AUGCAUAGCUAAAUAAUGUUGAUACCAGUCAAGAAAAGGUCUUCAGUAGCUCCACAGGAAGUCACACUGGUAAUCAUCAUCGUCAAUAUCUGCAUCAUCUCCACCGUGAGGAUGCUGACUGCGACUUUACUUUUUUGUGCAAUGAUGGGUCUAACUAUAACCAAUGGCAACCCUAUCAACACCCCUGCAAAAGAAUUGUCUCUCAACACCACUUUAGGGAAGUUUACUGUCUCUAUUUCUAUAUCAACAAAUUGUCCCAGUGGCUGGACUCCGUUUAACGGUCACUGUCUCUACUUUGUUUCCAGCGAGUUGAGUUGGGCCAAGUCUCAGCAAAACUGUCAGUCCAUGAAUGCAAACCUUGCAUCAGUACACAGCAUUGAGGAGUACCAUACCAUUCAGAGAAUGAUAAGGCAAAACAAUCUUUUCUCACGGGAUGUAAAAGCAUGGAUUGGAGGUUCGGAUUGCCAAGAGGAAAAUGCUUGGUUCUGGAUUGAUGGCACACCUUUCCUAUUCACAAACUGGUGUGACAGAGAACCUGAUAAUAGAUACAGCAAACAACACUGUAUACAGAUUAAUUAUGGAGAUGGAAAAUGUUGGAGUGAUGCAGAUUGUUCCUCUCUACGUCCGUCAGUCUGUGCCAAAACGGCCUCAUAAAUCCUGAUCUGACAUGGAGACAUGCAUCAAACACACACACACACACAUUUAGUGGAGGAGUGAUUGUGGGAAUGUUGCAUACUCAUCUGCGUUUGUAUCAACAGUCUCAUUUGCGCUAGCUUAAAAAAGUCAAGCACAAAACAAGCUGUUGGUUUUCUGGGUGUGACUGCCUUGUAUUUCACUCACCCUCACGUCAAUGUGUAUGUCACUGUUUCAAUUUUGGAGUCCAAAAUUGUGUGAAGCAACAAUGAUCAAAGUUGUACCUCUGAGCAACCAGGGCUCUCUGGCUGAAAUCCCAGUCCCCCCUUAUCACCACCAACACUUGGCCCUUUACCACAGCUGGACUGAUCUCUGAACUGUUACACAGCACAGUGGAGGUCAUAUCCACCAGCGGAUACUGCGCCUCACUUUAAUCACUUUCAUGUUAAAGGGAGAGGCAGGUUUCAUACAGUGUGCGCACUGCUUUAGCACACUACAUCCACCAGAUGGCCUUUUGCUUCUGUCAUGUUCUUUUUUUGAAAGAGGUUCUCAACACAAUUGCAUCAGUGGCUGUGCUCUGAGCACUUUAUUAAAUACAUUUCUUUUGUGCUGAAUAUGGCUAUAAUAUUAUGUACUUCUUCCAUGGGUGAUCUCCUCUCAAACAGCUGUUCUGUGAAUUUGUCCACUACUCCACCAUGUUUCUGCUCACUUCUCUCUGAGAUCAAUAUGCACUGUGUCACUAUAACAAAAAUACACAAUUAAUGCUACAUCGUUCCUAUGUCACCUUCCUGUUUAAAUGGAGACCAAAAGUCCAUCAAAUAUUUGGGUAUGCCACCGUAUUCACAUAUGUAUAUUAAAGUGUCACCACUGGACAGAAAGAAGAAGAAGAAGAGGCAAUGGGGAGGACAGACAGAGUAGAAAAACUGAAAAAAGAAAGCAGAGGAUGGAGAGGCACAGGACAGAAAAAAAUGGUUAGGGAGGAGGAAGGAGAGGUUAAGGAGAGGAACGAAAGAGUAAUAGGGAAAAGAGGGGAGAAAAAGACAAAAGAGAUAGGGAGAGGUGAGAAAGUCAAGAGUGAUGUAGAGGAGUAGGAGGAAGAGGAGAGAGUGAGGAGAGAAAGGAGGAAGAAAGACAUGGACUGAAGAGUUUGAUAUCAAACCUGAAAAUACUUGGAAGGGCGAGAUCAUCAUGGACUUACUGGGUUUUACUGGGAUACUUAAGCAGAGCAGAGCGAUUGUUAAUGUUAGCAAUACCUGUACUUUUCUCAUUAUGUCAACUGAAAACAUCUGCUGUGAAAAGGUCUUUUGUGAACUUUUGAUAAUUUAAGCGCAUUAGGCUAAAAAUAUUGGUAAAACUUCAUAAUAUAACCCACAAUUUGCAGUGUAAUUUCAUUGUGGUCACAAAACAAAAAGAGAUUAAUCUUUUUGUUCUCUGUA